AUGGCUACCAUCCAUGCCCCCCGCCCUGGCCACUUCCCCUCGGCCCCUCCCGUCGUCUCCUUCCACGGCGUCGUCGCCGGCGCCGGCCUCUCCCUCUUGCGACGGGACCUCCAGCCCGGUCUCGACGCCUCGACCGUGUCUUCGUUCCUCAAGGCUUUUGUGCGCAACCCAGGGGGUUGCCUUACCUCGGCAUACCCACCUUGGUUCCCACCCCCCCACAAACCUAUCGGAUAUUCGGACCAGAUUGCCGCUGGCAGGUGCAGCACAUUUGAACGCUGGAGCCUGAAAGAUGUGGACAAGCGCGAAGUUUCUCGCAUCUUUCAACAAAUCGAAGAUAUACAAAUUCGAAUUUCACAGUGCGAGCAAGAAUUAAAGUCCCACAAGUCACCACGAUUCGAGUAUGAGGAGAGACUGGCCGAUGUCAACACCCGCAUUGAUGAGGCUUGGGAACGUCUGUUUUCAGGUCAAAGCCCGAUCGAUCGUUCCGAGCUCCAGAGCAAGAUUCUGAAUUAUGGCCGGGUGCAGAGGCUUCUUACCAGUGUCGUAUCGAUGCUGUUUGGAAAGACUCGUGCAAAGGGCUUAUCGCAGUAUUGGAAUCUAUGCUGCUUCCAAAUACACCGCAAGAAGCAGAAGACAGGGAGCUCCAGCAAACACUUCCGAAUGGGUCAACUAGAGAUCAGCCGAAAGGCUCUCAACCGGCAGCACCCGUCGAAUCAGUUGGGCGUCGUGGGCCUCCUGGGGGGCCUUGCACGGAGACCACUGACACCUGCGGCAAAAGCAACAGGGCUCGAUAGGAUGAUUCAGCCGCAGUGGAAGAGGCGACGAAUCACUGAGAGCCAAGAGCGGCAUAGUGACGAUUCACUGAACGAGAAUGACGGGCAGUUGCAGGAUGAUAUAGCCAGAUAUCUCACCCCUGGCGAAGUCUACCUUGCUUUCAAAUCCGACGCCUGGUCGCCAGUACUUCUCUUGCCCACAGACAAUUUGCACGAUGUUGGCCUUCCAAUUACAAUCGAGGCAUUGGGUCUGACGAAAAACGUCCCGCACUGUUAUGAGUACGACCGGGAAGAGAAAAGCUUUCGAUGGCGAAAGGAGUACGAGGGUGGCGGACGUCUUUUCGCAGAGCGGCAAUACCCCAUCAUAUUUUUUGAUGGCUUGGAUUUUCCGGAGAGAAGCUCAGUCGGCUGGGUCGCUGCCAGAGACCUCCGAAGCUUCGACUUAAUGGAUGCCAAUAUUGACAAGCGCAUCAAACACGUCGGGCGGGUUCGCCAGUUUGUCAAUGAGCGGGAAAAGUCACGAGCAAAGGAUAAGGAUGAUGCAUCUGCCUCUCAACGAGCAAGGUCUGUUGAUGGUGACGAUACUAGGAGCUUAGGGGCUUUCCGUUUGACGCCCAAAACCAGCUGCGGAGAUCAAUCUCAGUCGGGUGAAAUCGGAUUAUGCGCGGCCAAAAAGGACCCGAAGGUCUCAAUCGACGGGGAAUGCUCAACUGACGAUUCGGAACCAAGACUUGGGUGCGAUCCCAAUCGAGAAACAGCGAGCUGCCCCAAAUCCGAGCAGGAUCGCGAUGGCGACCGCCCCAAGGAGGACUUCGGUCUUGCACCUCAUUCGAAGGCUCCCAUAUCAACUAUGGGUUCGACCUCAGGAUCUGACGAUGGUACUCCAUGCAGCGAAGGGAUUACGAGGUCACGCCUGCAGGAUCAUCUUGCUUCUGAUACUACGAUUAUAGUGCGCGAUGAGCGGCCACCAAACACUGCCCAAGACGGACCUGAGCAAAUUUUGUUGGACCACGAACUGCGACGCCUCAACACCAUUCGAAGGCGACGGCCGAUGCGCAGAAUUCGUCACGCUUCUACGAAAUCCUGGAUGUUGAGCCUAACAGCGAGCGAGAAGCUCAACCCAAUGGGCCGGACGUGGGAUGCCAACUUGAGGGUGUUGGCGCGAAUGAUUGUCUGCCUCAUACUCAGACUGCUACUGCACCUACAUCCACGUCAGAUUUGGAUGAUUGUGAACAUGAGAAACAAGCUCUUCAACCCGAAAACAUGGAUAAACUUUGCAGUGACGGGCUGCGAUUGGCUACUGCGACGCGGACGUCUCAAGGUUUCCUUCAACUAG